CCCAGCUUCUUCUUCUUCUCUCCCGCUCUCCACCAAAACCCAAUCGCUCUCCUUUUGAGAAGCCCUAAUUUCUAAACAAAAUGGUGGCAAUUUCAUCUCUCUUCACCCCCAAUCUAGUGCAAAGCCCCACGAAUCUCCUCAGAAUUCCCAAAUCAUCUCGUUCCAUCCCCGCUUUGGCCUCAUUCCAGAGCUCACGUCCUCUGGAUUCUUGCUCCUUUGCAUGUAGACCUAGAAUGAGGACCAUGAGAAUAUUGGCUGUGUCUACGGAGGCUCCGCCGUCGGCGAGGAGGCUUUAUGUCGGGAAUAUACCUCGGACAGUGACCAAUGAGCAGCUGAGUAAGAUCUUUGAGGAGCACGGGGCGGUUGAGAAGGCUGAGGUUAUGCAUGACAAAUACUCUGGUAGGAGUCGCCGUUUUGCAUUUGUCACAAUGAGCACGGUUGAGGAUGCAAAUGCUGCCAUUGAGAAGUUGAAUGAAACAGAAAUAGGAGGUCGGAAAAUCAAAGUUAAUAUAACAGAAAAACCAUUGGCAACUAUUGAUUUGUCAAUCUCCCAAGAUGAUGAGUCUAAAUUCAUUGACAGCCCAUACAAGGUUUAUGUCGGUAAUCUUGCAAAAACAGUGACCACUGAGUUACUUACUAAGUUCUUCUCUGAGAAGGGAAGGGCUCUUAGUGCAAAAGUGUCACGGGUGCCUGGAACAUCAAAAUCCAGUGGCUUUGGAUUUGUUUCAUUUUCGGCAGAAGAGGAUGUUGAAGCUGCAAUCUCCUCUUGUAACAAUGUGCUAUUGGAAGGCCAAAGAAUUCGCGUCAACAAAGCAUAGUUUGUAGAUUGAAGGCCUUUACAGCAGGAGAACGCUGCAUGUUUGCAACUCCAUGAUCAGUCAUCUGAUGGGAAUUCCCAAGUCCUAUCAUCUCAAGGAACAUUUUUUUUAGUGUCAAUGAGGAAUUUUGUAUUUUUGUACUCACCCCUGAGUAUUAUUAAUAUCAAUGUUUCAAAUGUCGAUCAAAACGCAAAUGUGGAAAUUCCUUCUGGAGUGUGUGAUCGAGAUUGUCAUCCUUUCAA